UGUAUUCAAAGCUACUCACCAACCCAACCCCACCACUGUUUCUUCUGCACUUUCUUCUGUCACUCUUUCAUUUCACCCACGGAUAAUAAAUCCUAGCUCUAGGCCUAAACAAAGUCCUAAGCUUUUUCUUCUUCUUCUUCUUUCUUGUUGGACUUUUUUCUUGUGUGUGUGUAAUGGAGGAUGCUGAGUGGGUUCUGGUGAGGAAACCUGCAGAGAAGGACCUGUGGGCCCCAAGUUUAGUGGAGGAGGAGAGUUCUAAGCCUUUGAAGGUUACGUUUUCUGGGCCUGCCAAGCAUUGGACUGAUGCUAUUCCAAUCGGGAAUGGGAGGCUUGGAGCCAUGGUGUGGGGUGGUGUGGCAUCAGAAAAACUCCAACUCAAUGAGGACACACUCUGGACAGGAACUCCUGGAAACUAUACCAACCCAAAGGCUCCAGAGGCACUCACAGAAGUUAGAAAACUUGUUGACAGUGGUAAAUAUGUUGAAGCUACUGAAGCAGCCGUCAAGUUGUCAGGAGAUCCUUCUGAUGUUUACCAACUAUUGGGCGACAUCAACCUAGAAUUUGAUGACUCUCACCUCAACUAUGCUGAAGAAAGUUACAGCAGAGAGCUAGACCUGGAUACUGCAACAGCAAGUAUAAAAUACUCAGUGGGUGAUGUAGAAUAUACAAGGGAGCAUUUUUCAUCUAAUCCUGAUCAAGUGAUUGUGACGAAGAUCUCUGGAAGCAAAUCAGGGUCCCUAACAUUUACAGUUUCUCUAGACAGCAAGUUACAUCAUAAUUCACAUGCAAAUGGUAAAAACCAAAUUAUAAUAGAAGGAAGUUGUCCUGGAAAAAGGAUCUCACCAAAAUUCUUGAGUUUGAAUGACAAUCCGAAAGGGAUUCAGUUUUCCGCAGUCCUUGAUUUGCAGAUUAGUGGUGGCAGUGGUGUGAUACAUGUUCUGGAUGACAAGAAAUUAAGGGUUGAAGGGUGUGAUUGGGCUGUUUUGCUUCUGGUGGCCUCAUCUUCAUUUGAAGGACCAUUUUCUAAGGCUUCUGCUUCUAAGAGGAACCCAACUUCAGAGUCUCUCAAUGCAUUGAACUCUAUAAGAAAAUUUUCAUAUUCUGAUCUUUAUGCUCACCAUUUGGAUGACUAUCAGAAUCUUUUUCAUCGUGUCUCAUUGCAGCUUUCUAAGAGCUCUAAGAAAAUUUUAGGAGAUAAAACUUUGAAGCCAAAGAAACUUACCCCUAUAAGCAGUUUAAAUUUAAAGGGAAGUGAUGAUGCCUUAGUUUCAACUGCUGACAGGGUGAAAUCCUUCAAAACUGAUGAAGAUCCUUCCCUUGUGGAACUUCUAUUCCAAUAUGGUCGAUAUCUGCUUAUUUCUUGUUCACGGGUUGGAACUCAAGUGGCAAACUUGCAAGGUAUAUGGAACAAGGAUAUUGAGCCUCCAUGGGAGUAUGUCUCUCUCUCUCUCUCUCUUUCUCUCUCUCUCUCUCUCUCUCUCUCUCUCUCUCUCUCUCUCUCUCUCUCUCUCUCUCUCUCUCUCUCUCUCUCUCUCUCUCUCUCUCUCUCUCUCUCUCUCUCUCUCUCUCUCUCUCUCUCUCUCUCUCUCUCUCUCUCUCUCUCUCUCUCUCUCUCUCUCUCUCUCUCUCUCUCUCUCUCUCUCUCUCUCUCUCUCUCUCUCUCUCUCUCUCUCUCUCUCUCUCUCUCUCUCUCUCUCUCUCUCUCUCUCUCUCUCUCUCUCUCUCUCUCUCUCUCUCUCUCUCUCUCUCUCUCUCUCUCUCUCUCUCUCUCUCUCUCUCUCUCUCUCUCUCUCUCUCUCUCUCUCUCUCUCUCUCUCUCUCUCUCUCUCUCUCUCUCUCUCUCUCUCUCUCUCUCUCUCUCUCUCUCUCUCUCUCUCUCUCUCUCUCUCUCUCUCUCUCUCUCUCUCUCUCUCUCUCUCUCUCUCUCUCUCUCUCUCUCUCUCUCUCUCUCUCUCUCUCUCUCUCUCUCUCUCUCUCUCUCUCAACAGGUUUUAGGAAGAACUCAGGAUGCUGUUGUUCAGAAAGUUCGUGAGGCUCAACCUAGGCUUUUACCCACAAAAAUUGCUAGAGAUGGUUCCAUUAUGGAAUGGGCACAAGAUUUUGAGGACCCAGAAGUGCACCAUCGGCAUGUGUCACACUUGUUUGGCCUGUUUCCGGGACACACAAUUACCGUUGAGAAAACUCCAGAUCUCUGUAAAGCUGUGGAAAAUUCCCUCUAUAAAAGAGGAGAGGAGGGUCCAGGAUGGUCAACUAUGUGGAAGACUGCAUUGUGGGCACGUCUUCACAACAGUGAGCACUCGUAUCGUAUGGUCAAGCAUUUGAUUGACUUGGUGGAUCCAGAUCAUGAAGCUGAUUUUGAAGGAGGACUAUACAGUAACUUGUUCACUGCACAUCCCCCUUUCCAGAUUGAUGCCAACUUUGGUUUUUCAGCAGCAGUUGCAGAAAUGCUUGUCCAAAGCACCAUAAAGGACCUGUAUUUACUUCCCGCUCUUCCCCGGGAUAAAUGGGCAAACGGUUGUGUGAAAGGACUGAAGGCUCGUGGCAGGGUGACAGUCAACAUAUGCUGGAAGGAAGGAGACCUUCACGAAGUUGGUCUUUGGUCCAAGGACCACAGUUCUAUUAAAAGAUUACAUUAUAGAGGAAGUACAGUUACAACAAACAUAUCAUCUGGCAGGAUAUAUACUUUCAACAGACAGUUAAAAUGUGUGAGGACAACAUGUCUCUGAGAGCAGCAUACAGAGUUUUAAGGUCAAAUUCAUCAUAUUGAUUUAUCUUCCCAAUAAACGUGGAAACGAAGUCCCUUCUUUGUUUCUUCUUAAGUAUCGGUGUCUUGAUAUUUAUUGUGGUUUUUAUUUUUCGGAAGUCAGUUUAGUGUAGCAAAUGAGAGAACAAUUCAAGGCACCUUACCAUUAGUAACACUUCGAAGAAAUUUGUAAGAUUU